GGGGGGCCGGGCCGCCUGGUAACCCCUCCCUGUCCGGGCCUCGCGGCUCGUUACGGGGGCGGGGCCAACCCUCUGACCCCCCCCCCCCAAACGGGUCCCCUCGGGCCACCGCCCUCCAGGCCCUUCCGGGAUCCUGGCCCUCGGACUCCCUGGGGACCCGGGAAGGAGCGCGGGGCCCGAGGUCUCCGCCCCCAGUCCCUUGCCUCUGGGGGGCAGAACCGACCAGCCCCUCCCCACUUCCGCGAGGGGGCAGAGGCGGGGUCACGAAAUCGGCCCUUUGCCCGGGGGCGGGGCUUUCCCUCAGGGGCAAAGCCGAAGCAUCCCGAACUGGGACUGGCUGAGGACCCGGCCGGCGGGUUAUUAAGGCUGUGGCGGGAGGAUGCCCAGGGUAUUGGGGUCAGGGUGGCAUUAGCCCAGCUCAAGCCGGGCCGGGCUGACGCAGCAUCCUGCCGCGGCCAACCCCAGCCCCUGACAGCUCUGCUGUCCCUCGGGCAGAGAUGGGAGAUGGCGCCGGUGCUGCCCCUGGUCCUGCCCCUCCAGCCCCGCAUCCGUCUGGCGCAGGGGCUCUGGCUCCUCUCCUGGCUGCUCGUGCUGGUCGGCGGCCUCACCCUCCUCUGUAGCGGGCACCUCCUGGUCCAGCUGUGGCACCUUGGUACCUUCUUGGCUCCCUCCUGCCCGUUCUCUGCCCUGCCCCAGGUUGCCUUGGCGGCCAGUGCAGUGGCUCUGGGCACAGGACUGGUGAGUUCAGGAGCUAGCCGGGCCAGUCUGGAUGCAGAACAAUACCCUCCCUGGCGAGGGGUCCUGGGCCCACUGCUGGUGGCUGGCACAGCGGGGGGCGGGGGGCUCCUGGUCCUCGCCCUGGGACUAGCCUUGGCUUUACCUGGGACUCUGGACACGGGCCUGGAGGAGGGCCUGGGGUCUGCCUUGGCUCACUACAAGGACACAGAGGUGCCCGGACGCUGUCAAGCCAAACGGCUGUUGGAUGAGCUGCAACUGAGGUACCACUGCUGCGGCCGUCAUGGCUACAAGGAUUGGUUUGGAAUCCAGUGGGUCAGCAACCGUUACCUGGAUCCCAAUGACCAUGAUGUGGUUGACCGGAUCCAGAGCAAUGUGGAAGGCCUGUAUCUGAUUGAUGGGGUCCCUUUCUCCUGCUGCAAUCCCCACUCACCCAGACCUUGCCUGCAAAGCCAGCUCUCAGACCCCCACGCCCACCCCCUCUUUGAUCCCCGACAGCCCAACCUCAACCUCUGGCCCCAAGGAUGCCAUGAGGUGCUACUGGGGCAUUUGCAGGGGCUGGCAAGCACACUGGCCAACACGCUGGCUGUUACCUUCCUGCUGCAGACUCUGGUACUUCUGGGCCUGCGGUACCUGCAGACAGCACUGGAGGGGCUCGGAGGAGUCAUUGAUGGGGAGGGAGAGGCCCAGGGCUACCUCUUUCCUGCUGGGCUGAAAGACAUGCUGAAAACAGCCUGGCUACAGGGAGCGGGGCCCCACAGGCCAGCACCUGGGGAGGCCCCACCAGAAGAGGAACCUCCCAAGGAGGGUCUACCCUGAGGCCUAGAACUUAAGGUGGGGAUGGGGGUGGGGGGAAGGGGAGGGAUGGACAAGACUGGAAAGCUCACAACUCCUUAUAGGCUCUCCGUGAGGGAGGGGGGAAUCUGGGAUUAGAGGGUUAAGGAUAGUCAGUGAGCUGGACUGGGGUAGGAGAGAAAACCAGGUGUCCUAGGGCCUAGUCCAUGGCCAGAACCACCAGGGGACAGAAAGAAAAAAAAAACCAAGGUGGUAGAAAUGACAUGGGAAGGCCGGGGAAGCUACUUCUGGUGCACAGACUCAAUAAAGCUUUCGGACUGAA